AAGAAUAGCACCGUCACAGCAAUUACAGACUUAAACCAUCUUUGGCACAAUAUUAGCCUCAAACGACUGCAUGAAACAGUUUUUGAAGAGGUGUGUAGUUAAAAUGCAACGAUAUCUUGUUGUUUUGGUAGGCUUUAAUUGCAGAAUUAUCACAUUUCUGAAUGUAAGAAGGCGCACUGAAGCCCACCAGAACAGAGCCACCUCCUCCGGUGGCUUCUUGACGUCAGGAUAGGUCUAGCCACAGAAUAUCAGUUCGGACCGGUGAGCAGUGGAUUAUUGCGGAAACAUAAACGAAGACAGGAGGUAUUUUCCCAACAACACAGAUAAGAGCAGCAGCAAGAUGCCUUUGGGAGAGCAAGAAAAUGCAUGGAAAAAGAAGACAUCGGACAUCAAGGAAUUUUAUGACUUCAAAGAGGUGCUGGGAACGGGGGCGUUCUCAGAGGUAGUCCUGGCAGAGGAGAAGAGGACCCAGAGGCUGGUGGCCAUCAAGUGCAUCCCAAAGAAGGCCCUGGAGGGCAAGGAGAACAGCAUUGAAAAUGAGAUUGCAGUCCUGCACAGAAUAAAGCACACUAACAUUGUGACCCUGGAAGAUAUCUUUGAGAGUCAAUCCCACCUGUACCUGGUGAUGGAACUGGUGUCAGGGGGGGAGCUCUUCGACAGGAUAGUGGAAAAGGGCUUCUACACAGAAAGAGAUGCCAGUAAACUCAUCUGUCAGAUCCUGGAUGCGGUCAAGUAUCUCCACGAUAUGGGCAUUGUGCACAGGGACUUGAAGCCAGAGAACCUGCUAUACUACAGCAUGGAGGAGGACUCCAAAAUCAUGAUCAGUGACUUUGGCUUGUCCAAGAUUGAAGACUCUGGGAGUGUGAUGUCUACAGCCUGCGGUACCCCUGGAUAUGUGGCCCCUGAAGUGUUGGCGCAGAAGCCCUACAGCAAAGCAGUUGACUGUUGGUCUAUUGGCGUCAUCUCUUACAUUCUUUUAUGCGGAUAUCCACCAUUUUAUGAUGAAAAUGACUCUAAGCUGUUUGAGCAGAUCCUCAAGGCAGAGUAUGAGUUUGAUUCUCCAUACUGGGAUGAUAUAUCAGACUCAGCCAAAGAUUUCAUCUGCCACCUUAUGGAGAAGGACUCUGUGGAGAGGUUCACAUGUGAGCAGGCUUUACAGCACCCCUGGAUUUCUGGCGAUACCGCUCUCGAUAAGAACAUCCACGAAUCUGUCAGUGCUCAGAUCAAGAAGAACUUUGCAAAAAGCAAAUGGAAGCAAGCGUUCAAUGCCACAGCUGUGGUGCGGCACAUGAGGCGGCUGCAGCUCGGCACCAGCCUGGAGGGCACCAGUCACAUCACCCCCACCAGCCCCUGCCACGGACACCUACUCCUGCCCACCGAGGAUGUCGGCGAGGAGGCAGAGGAGGAGGAAGAAGACGAUGAAGAUGGUUCUCAGUGUGGAGAGGAACGCAGGGGCAGCGCAGACCGUGACAGCUUGAGGAGCUGCACCUACUGCUGUCGACCGUCCAGUCGGGUCUGAGUACAACAACCUAGAACCUACAACACAGAAUCUGACCCAUCACCCAAGCACCCCCUCCCCCCCUUUAAAACCACCACCAGUUUGGCUUGGAAUACAGAGUUAUCCCACCAGCGUCCACUAGAAGGACCUUUGUCGACAUAAGUGAGAGUGGGAGAAAGUGGUCUCCUGGGGCCACAUGUAGCUUUAUUAAACAUGCCUAGACACAGCUAUGGGCCCUGAAUGUGGGUUGGAACGGAGCCAGUGAAGAAGUUAUAGAGCUGGGACAGAAACAGCCACAGAAAAGUCCAGCGGAGAUUGGAGCUGAAGCAGGCUUUAGAAGCCAGCUAGUCAGUUGUUCACAGAGACACAUUUCACAGGCUAAAUGUAAAGCUGCCAUCUGAUGUGUAAUGUAAUCGCCACAAUCAAGUCUGGCCCCAAGAGACCAGAGAAAGAAGUGCGGGAGGACCAAUAUAGCACAGGAAGGGAUUCAGGCAUAUUGUAGGAAAACGUACAGCAACAAAUUUGUGAAUUGGUCAUUUUGUGUUCAUUUUUCAUUUGUCUUGACUUGAUUUUUUUUAAUGUCCCAACCAAAGACAGCUGUUGUAUUUAUUUUCUCGAUUGAAAGUAUGAAGUUGACGUACUGUAUAUGUGCCAGACGUUUACUCACAGGAGGUCAGCUGUAACAUCAGGGUGGAUGGCCCUCAGUGCCACAUCCUUAGAUAGUUUAUGAUCACCAGUGGCUCAAAGUCUUCAUCCAACUCAUUGGCUUUCAUAGCAUUAGAAAAGGGAAGGAAAGUAGUGUGUAUGAACCUUCUAACUUCAAGAUUCCAAUUUAGAUUCAGCUCUGAAAUCAUUAAAUUCCAUUUGCACUCACAUACAUACGUUAGAUUUUACGCAGCAAACUGUACAAAAUUGUGCACUCCCAAGUAAUCCUAAAACACUAUGCUAAUGACUUGGCAUUUUUUGUUUUCAUUUUUAAGACAUUAUUUCUUCCCCAUCUGUUUGGAUCUCCACCCUUGGAACAAUGCACUCUGGGUUGGCCCCUGCCUGGGACUAGGGAUAAUUGCAACACUUGAACUCUGUAUUCCAUGUCAGACUGGAUUUGUGUAACAGUACUGGUGAGGAGGGUUUGCAUGCAUCAGUGGGAUUAUAAUAGAAAAUGUUAUGGAAGUGGAGAUGGGGGCCUAAUGGCUGUUCUGUUCUCUGAGGCACAAACUGAGAUCCCAUGAGCACCAGCCUUGGGGCCCCACGGCCCUGAGUGCGAGAGAAAGAACUGUCGUCUGUGGUUCCCUCACUGUCUCUCACACAUCGCACUCGCAGAGGCCCAAAUGACACAGCAGCCACAUGACGUGACAACAGCUCAUACAUAUGUGAUGCAUAGACCCUUCCAUCCUACCGAAGGAGCUCCAGCAUCCCUGACGUGGUCCCUUACUCCUCUGACGUGAGGAGUAAGCGCAAGUGGCAAGCAGGAAGGCAAAAGCAUGCCCAGAGAGAACGUGUCUACAGCAAUGGUAGGUUAGGAAAACACUUCUGUCAGGCACUCUCCCUUCUGAAUUUCCACAGUUUUGCUUUGGCACAGGAUGAGCAAGUGGAAUCGUUGUUGUCCUGUUUACCCCUCUCUCUCAUUGGCUCACUGGCUCGCUCGCUCGCUCUCUAGACAGAGGGAAGGGAUCUCACGUUUGUGCUCUCUGUCUACUGUACUGUGCACCUCCGUAGAGGAAGUCCAAUGUUUGCAUGAUCUGGUUAAUAUGUUUACAUGUAAGCGAUGAGCGAUGAACAACUUAUAAAACAUUUAAAUAUACACAUGUGUACAUAUAAAUAUGUCAUUAUUACAUUAUAUUACUACUAUUAUUAUCAUUAUUAUUAUUAUUCCCCCAAGACAGUACACACUUUUGCUGUUAAAACCAAGUAUAAAGUGGGCAACACAAGGUUUUUUUUUUUUUUUUUCACUGCCAAAGGUGACCUACGCAUAGUAGUUAACGUGACCUCUAACUCAGCUGUGCUGCCUCUUCCCUAGUGCCGUGAUGCUAAGGAGCUGAGGAGCUCUGUUCACUCAGUUCACUGGAGACGGCAAGUUCUUCACUGGAGGGUCCCAGCCCAGGUCCCUGCAAGUCUAAAAUCGUAGGUCAGGGCUACACUGGGUCUGCAAAUGAAGUGCUCCAUUUGCAGAGCGUAAAAAUAGUUUUAGAAGACUAAUUUGUUUGAAUGUACGGACUGCUAUCAAGCCUGGUGUAGCCAGUUCCAUUGAUUAUAGUCGAAGCUAAUUGUUGCAGCAGAAUGCUCCAGUUACAUACCCUGUUAGAAAAAGAACAACAGGCACAUUCUGUGGAACUCGGCAGGCUAGCCAAUUGGAAUUACGGAUGUCUAAGUCGGUACCCACCUCCACGCUAAUCCAGCACCACCAGGCAUGACAUCUGCAUGCCUCCCCACCAGAUUGACACCGAAUUCAGUUAGCAAGAGAAGGAUAUCGUUCAGUCAGUCACAGAAGUCAGAAGUCACAAACAGUCCUACACUGACACAAUUCCACUUCCAGGAGAAACGAGCUGAACAGUGUGCAAAUCCUUCAGGCUAAGGUGGAAAAGCCUCUAAACAGUGAUGAGUCAUUUGCUGUCUUUUUUUUUUUUAAGUAUAUUUUUUUGGCCUUUUAUGCAGGAAGUGAUUGGGAGAGAGAGUCGGGGUGGGAUCUGGAAAGGACCAUGGGGCGGGAAUCGAACCCGGGUCGCCGGUGUACGGUGCAGGUGCCCGUCUGGCUGGGGCCGUCAUUUGCUGUCUUAAUUCUCGCCUAGUUUUUUUGCUUGGUCCUGCCUUGUUUAGUUGCAGUGGCAAAUUUUUGGUUCUGGAAUACGGUCUUGGUGCCCUCGGCCUCUUUCGGCGGUCAUUCAACAGCCGAUUGGCCUAAUUACUGAUUUGUAUCGAUAGGCUUGGUUUCCCUUCACGGCUCAGUGGGAGGUGAGGGGGGCAGGGGGAAGGCUGCUUGGUCAUUCAGGCCAGUGGGGGCACACUGGAGCACUGGGGUCUUGCACAACCAGACUAUCCUUGCUGGGUCUGACUUCCCAAGUCAUAAUGGCUUAACCGCUGAGGACACUGCAGGAAAGAGUUUAUGUCCCUCAAAAUAGAUAAAAAACUGGUAUCAUAAUAGAUUCAGGACCAGUCAGCACAGUAAUAAUGGCAAAACAAGGAUGUGGAAUAUCUUCAGUGAUGCGUCCACCAAAAAGUCAUUCAUUACUGAGCCCUGGCAUGAAGAAAUGUGUUAAAUGGUUUUAUCAAUGAAGCUUCAGAUAUUGCAGCAAGUAGAAUUGCUACAUGGCAAUGUAGUAAGGUCAUGGGGCGUUCAACAUUUUUAAGUAACAUUUAUUAUUUUUGUUCAUGAAUGUUUUGAGCUGGCCGGUUAUGCAAAUGAUGUGUGAAGGGCUCCAUCUAUCUUAGUCCCUAUCUUAGGUGUCCAUUUCAGCUAAACCAGGCUGUUAUGUUUCAUUGGGUGAAGUACAGUGUCUAUCUUUUUAUACAUGUUUGGUUUGUUUGUUUGUUUGUUUUGCUGAGUAAAUUAUUCAAUUGACUGUGAUGAGUCAGCACAGAAGCACUGGUUAUUCCA